UGCUACACGCGCGUGUCCGCCGAGCAGUCCGCGCGCGGGACACGUGAGUGUGCAUGUAGAGCACAGCAGCAUCCUGCCAGCUGCCCAAAGACGGACGCCAGAGCGGGAAGCGCGCAGCUCGGAUGAUCUGAACUAAGCGGUCAGUGAUGACAGUACUUGGGUUUUGUCUAACCUAAAUCCUAACCACAUCACCAUGGCAACAGGAAGAAAAGGCUCUACGUCCAAAGCAGGUGGGGUGCGUUUCCCUGACGAUGACGAGCCCCCUGGCUCUCCAACACGGAGAGAUGACCAGUCGAACGUCGCUACGCUCAUUGCUGUCUCAGAGAAGGAUGGCAGCUACUUGGUGAAGGCUGGUUUCCUGAAGAGCCACCACUGUUAUGAGAUUGUCUUCACUGUCCCAGAUGUCCCCACACUGGGCAAAGAGCUCUCAUGUCUUCCCUCCUCUUCUCCAUCUCGGAGGUCGCCCAGCCUGCGGGUCCAGCGUAUUAACUCCACACUGGAGGGAGGUGUAAAGGUAACAUGUGAAUACAGAACUCACCAGGAGGGGGUGCAACAGGAGGAGAUCACCAUGGUAACCAGAGGGAGAAAAGACAGCAGUCUAAAGGUCAGACUCCAGGCCAGGGUCAUUGACCCACAUCACGGCACCCCCAUGCUGCUGGAGGGGGUGAGGUGUCUCGGUGCCAGGAAAGAUGCCCACACAAAGCACAGCAGUGAUCGUAAGAAGAUAUGAAGUGUGUAACUCCUGAUCAUACUCAGUGACUGGGUCAGGGUGCAGUAGAGAGAGAAACAUGGAUCCAUACAUAAUAAGUAGAAUUCAUCUGAAGGACAAACAAACUGCCCUGAAAAUCACAUCACAGUCACAGUCAUGCAAUUACAUUUACACGAGGCUGCCAUAGAGCCAUAAUGCCUCUGCUGCUGGGGCCAGUCAAACCAGUGUUACAGCACACGCACACACACACACACACACACACACACACACACACACACACACACACACACACACACA